UAGUGCUUGUGUUUUUCCAAGAUUCACCAUAAAGCACAACCUGGUUCCCAAAAACACUUUUAAGCAGUAAAAAAGAAAGAAAGGCCCGAUCAGUAUGAAUGCUUGGAUCUCCGAGGGUUAAACAGGUGUGACAUGAAGUAAAUCUCAUGCAAAUGCAGGAGCCGGAGCUGAUCCUCUUGGAGACCCGCGUGCUCUCCGUCCACAUCCCGGCGGAAUCAAAGCACAUUUAUCUUUUAGCACAACAAUGAGGAUUUCUGGCUCUCUGUACGUCUCAUUUGAUACAGUGAAAUCUGAUUUCUUGUCAGCUAAAGCCAGAUUACCUGAAUCUCCUGUGCUCACUAACACCUUUACAAAACUACCCAGAUUAGGUGGGAUUUUUCAGCCACUUUAUACAUUUUUUCCCCUCGGCUGUAUAGAGGGAUUAUGUUUUGUCUCCUUCCUUUUAAUCUAUUUGGUAAAUGGGGGUUUGACAGAGAGGAGAGCGAUCUGGCUCUAUAUGAAUGUGUUCUCCUCUAAAGCCAAUGGCAUUUUGGCUCAGCACCAGGUCCAAAUGUGACGGCAAACCAUGGACGGGAACAAGAAGCGCUUGGCAUUCACCAUCGACAGCAUUCUGAGCGCUGGCUUUGAGAACGGAGACAGGAGCUUGGAAAACCCUUGUGCUUCGGCUCCGGGAGCCUGUGAGGAGAAACUGGCCCCGGAAUCUGCAGCGAAUCACAAUGAAUCGAUGAAUCAGACGGACCCUCGAACGCACUGCUGCUUCUGUUCACACUGUGGAGAGAUUCUGCACACGGCCGCCAUUUGGGGUUCGAGGAUGUUUCCAGAGACGUGCUCCGCUGCAGACACUCAUGGCAGAGAAAGCUUCGGUCACGUUCAGAGGAGAGUUCGACGCCACCGGACCAUCUUCACAGAAGAACAGCUGGACGCUCUGGAGGAUCUGUUCCGGCAGAACCAGUAUCCCGACAUCAACACCCGCGAGCAGCUGGCCCAGCAGACACACCUGCGCGAGGAGAGAGUCGAGGUGUGGUUUAAGAACCGAAGGGCAAAAUGGAGACGACAGAAGCGGCUUCCUUUCAGCCUCCGUGGAGCAGACGACUGGAAAACAGUCCUUCAUAGCGACUGACAUGGACAUUAUGAUUUCAAUAUCAUAAAACCCUCCUAAAGACUAUACGAGCUGACAACAGUCUGGCUUUAAAUCCCUUCAUUUAUCAAUUGCAAUCAUUUGUUGACACUUGUUUGACAGAGACUACAAAAUCAUUCAGAGUGUUUAAUGAUUUUUUAUGUUAUUUUUUCAUGUUUUAUAUUCAUUUUCAUACAAACAAUCUUGCCAAUGCAUCUUACCAUGCAUUAUAAAGAAACAGUUACUCUAAAAAUAAAACCUAAUGCAUCCCUGUCACAGACCUAUACUCAAUUAAACAGUCAACAUUAAAAAUGCUAUUAUAUCAUAUUGUAUAGGGCAGCAUAGAAGAGUUCAGAGAUAGUCAUUUUAUCUCAUGGAUGACUUUAAAUCUUUUAUUCUGUGUGGCAAAGUACACGCUCAUGUAAUGAGGGAUGUUAUGAGUUUGACAUUUUUAAUGUUGACAUAAUGUAUUAAAUAUAGCUAAUAAUUUAAAAAUAAAGCAUUGUACUUAUAUAGUCAAUACAAUAUUUAAGUAUUAUUAGAUGAGCAAGACUGCUCAUAUCUAGAAAACAGCAUGCUAGCGAGUGUGAUAUAGCUUUUGUACAAUAGUUCAAUAAACAGUAUUGCCAGUCACUUUGUUUUCAU